CAGCGUUGGAGAAAGGGUACCUCUGGCAACCGGGGUCUCCAGGGGGAGAAAGGAGAGAAGGGAGAGGAUGGCUUCCCAGGCUUCAAGGGCGAUGGGGGGCUCAAAGGAGAUCGGGGGCUCCCCGGCCCCCCCGGCCCCCGGGGAGAGGAUGGUCCGGAAGGGCUGAAGGGGCAGGAGGGGCUGGCUGGCGAGGAGGGUCCCCCAGGCUCAGCUGGGGAGAAGGGUAAGCUUGGGGUGCCAGGUCUCCCGGGUUACCCAGGACGUCCAGGCCCUAAGGGGUCUACUGGCUUUCCCGGGCCCCUGGGGCCAUUAGGAGAAAAAGGGAAGCGGGGGAAGGCGGGGCAGCCAGGCCUGGAAGGAGAGCGGGGACCACCAGGCUCCCGCGGAGAGAGGGGGCAGCCUGGUGCCACCGGGCAACCAGGCCCCAAGGGCGAUGUGGGCCAGGAUGGGGCCGCUGGGAUCCCUGGAGAAAAGGGCCUCCCAGGUCUGCAAGGCCCUCCUGGAUUUUCUGGGCCAAAGGGUCCCCCUGGCCCCCAGGGGAAAGAUGGACGUCCUGGGCACCCUGGUCAGAGAGGAGAAUUGGGCUUCCAAGGUCAGACAGGCCCACCUGGACCAGCUGGUGUCGUGGGUCCUCAGGGAAAGACAGGAGAAGCUGGACCUCUGGGUGAGAGGGGCCCCCCAGGCCCUCCUGGACCUCCCGGUGAACAAGGUCUUCCGGGCCUGGAAGGCAGAGAGGGUGUCAAGGGGGACCUGGGACCACCAGGACCCCUUGGGAAGGAAGGACCACCUGGACCCAGGGGCUUCCCUGGCCCCCAAGGAGCCCCUGGGGACCCAGGACCUAUUGGUUUAAAGGGUGACAAAGGCCCCCUGGGCCCCGUUGGAGCCAACGGCUCCCCUGGGGAGCGGGGGCCACUGGGCCCAGCAGGAGGCAUUGGGCUUCCUGGCCAAAGUGGAGGCCCAGGCCCUGUUGGCCCUGCAGGCGAGAAGGGGUCCCCGGGUGAACGUGGCCCCCCUGGACCCAUAGGCAAAGAUGGGAUCCCAGGGCCCCUGGGGCUUCCCGGACCCCCUGGAUCUGUUGGGCCGUCUGGCGAGGAUGGGGACAAGGGGGAAGUGGGCCCCCCUGGUAGCAAGGGGAACAAAGGCGACAAAGGGGAUGCGGGCCCACCUGGACCAACAGGAGUACGGGGUCCUGUGGGACACCCAGGCUCCCCGGGAGCAGAUGGGGCUCAGGGACGCCGGGGACCACCAGGCCUCUUUGGGCAGAAAGGAGAUGACGGAGUGAGAGGCUUCGUGGGGAUGAUUGGCCCUCCUGGCCUGCAGGGGCUGCCAGGUCCUCCUGGAGAGAAAGGGGAGGUUGGAGACGUAGGGUCCAUGGGUCCCCAUGGAGCUCCAGGGCCUAGGGGUCCCCAUGGCCCCAGUGGAUCAGAGGGCCCUCCAGGGCUGCCUGGGGGAGUUGGUCAGCCAGGCGCUGUGGGCGAGAAGGGUGAGCCAGGGGAGGCUGGAGACCCAGGACCCCCAGGAACCCCAGGCAUCCCUGGGCCCAAGGGAGAAAUUGGUGAAAAGGGGGACUCAGGCCCAUCUGGGGCUGCUGGACCCCCAGGCAAGAAAGGCCCCCCUGGAGAGGAUGGAGCCAAAGGGAAUGUGGGCCCCACUGGGCUCCCAGGAGAUCUAGGACCCCCCGGAGACCCUGGAGUUUCGGGUAUCGAUGGCUCCCCAGGAGAGAAGGGAGACCCUGGUGAUGUCGGGGGACCGGGUCCACCUGGGGCUUCUGGGGAACCUGGCCCCCCUGGGCCUCCUGGCAAGAGGGGUCCUUCAGGCCGCAUGGGUCGAGAAGGCAGAGAAGGGGAGAAAGGGGCCAAGGGGGAGCCAGGUCCUGAUGGACCCCCAGGGAUGACAGGCCCAGUGGGGGCUCGAGGGCCCCCCGGACGUGUGGGGCCUGAGGGUCUUCGAGGGAUCCCCGGCCCUGUGGGUGAACCAGGCCUCCUGGGACCUCCUGGGCAGAUGGGCCCUCCUGGACCCCUGGGGCCCUCUGGCCUUCCAGGAUUGAAGGGGGAUGCUGGCCUCAAGGGCGAAAAGGGCCACAUUGGAUUAAUUGGCCUCAUCGGCCCCCCUGGGGAAGCUGGUGAGAAAGGGGAUCAGGGGUUGCCAGGCAUGCAGGGCCCCCCUGGCCCCCAGGGAGAACCUGGUCCCCCUGGUCCCAUCGGCUCUCUGGGCCACCCUGGGCCCCCAGGCGUGGUGGGUCCUCUGGGACAGAAAGGCUCCAAGGGGUCCCCGGGAUCCUUUGGUCCCCGUGGCGAUACUGGCCCCCCGGGGCCCCCCGGCCCCCCGGGUUCCCCAGCUGAGCUUCAUGGGCUGCACCGGCACCGUCGCUCUCUCCCAGGCCCAGGGGCGCUAGAGGCCCCGGAGGGCGGCCUGGAGGAGGUGCUGGCCUCACUCACUUCGCUGGGCUUUGAGCUGGAGCAGAUGCGGCGCCCUCCGGGCACGGCUGAGCGCCCGGGCCUCGUGUGCAGUGAGCUGCACCUCAACCACCCGCACCUGCCUGACGGGGAAUACUGGAUUGACCCCAACCAGGGCUGCGCGAGGGACUCGCUCAGGGUUUUCUGCAACUUCACGGCAGGAGGGGAGACUUGCCUCUAUCCUGACAAGAAGUUUGAGAUGGUAAAAAUGGCCUCCUGGUCCAGGGAAAAGCCGGGAAACUGGUAUAGCACAUUCCGUCGAGGGAAGAAGGUGAGUUGCUGGAGGCCGAGGUGGGGGAUAGUAUGA